UACUGUGAGUAUGGGAUGGUGCAUGUCCUUUCAGAGAAGGGGAGCAGCAAAGGAAAAGACUACUGUAUUCUCUUCAACUCUCAGUGGGCCCAUUUGCCACAUGAUCUGGGUAAAGCUUCACUUUUGCAACUGCAGGAUCAGACAGCAUCUGUUUUGUGUUCUCCUUCUGAUGUACCUGAUGGGGGAUUUAAUAAUCAAAUACCCAUGGUGAUGAGAGGAAAUUGCACCUUCUAUGAGAAAGUGAGGCUUGCUCAGAUAAAUGGGGCUCGUGGGCUGCUGAUUGUUAGUAGAGAGAGACUGGUUCCUCCUGGAGGUAAUAGGAGUCAGUAUGAAGAGAUUGAUAUUCCUGUGGCUCUGCUAAGCUAUACUGAUAUGUUAGAUAUUGGCAAGAGUUUUGGCAGUUCAGUGAAAGGAGCAAUGUAUGCACCAAAUGAGCCUGUUCUGGACUACAACAUGGUGAUUAUCUUUGUCAUGGCCGUGGGAACUGUUGCAAUUGGAGGCUACUGGGCAGGAAGCAGAGAUGUGAAAAAGAGGUACAUGAAGCACAAGCGUGAUGAUGGGGCAGAGAAACAUGAUGAUGAAACAGUGGAUGUGACUCCCAUAAUGAUCUGUGUGUUUGUAGUGAUGUGCUGCUCAAUGCUCGUCCUCCUUUAUUUCUUCUAUGACCACUUAGUCUAUGUUAUAAUAGGAAUAUUCUGCCUGGCUGCCUCGAUUGGUCUUUACAGUUGUCUGUCUCCCUUUGUAAGAAGAUUCCCCUUGGGAAAGUGUAGAAUCCCAGAGAACAACUUGCCUUAUUUUCACAAGCGUCCCCAGGUCCGGAUGUUGCUCUUGGCAGUAUUUUGUAUCUCUGUCAGCGUCAUCUGGGGAAUCUUCAGAAAUGAAGAUCAGUGGGCCUGGGUUCUGCAAGAUGCUUUAGGAAUUGCUUUCUGUCUCUACAUGUUGAAAACAAUUCGUCUGCCUACAUUUAAGGGUUGUACCUUACUCCUCCUGGUUCUUUUUGUGUAUGAUGUAUUCUUUGUAUUUAUCACACCCUUUCUAACAAAGACUGGGGAGAGUAUAAUGGUGGAGGUGGCUGCAGGCCCAUCUGAUUCUGCCACUCAUGAAAAGCUCCCAAUGGUCCUGAAGGUUCCCCGACUGAAUUCCUCACCACUGGCUCUAUGUGACAGGCCUUUUUCUCUCCUAGGAUUUGGAGACAUUUUAGUUCCAGGCUUACUGGUAGCCUAUUGCCAUAGAUUUGAUAUUCAGGUGCAGUCAUCCAGAGUCUAUUUUGUAGCCUGCACAAUAGCAUAUGGCAUAGGCCUUCUUGUGACCUUUGUUGCCUUGGCACUGAUGCAGAUGGGCCAGCCUGCUCUCCUGUACCUGGUGCCCUGCACUCUGCUCACCAGCUUGGUGGUGGCCCUCUGGAGAAGGGAGCUGGCCAUGUUCUGGACGGGCAGCGGCUUUGCGAAAGACCUACCUCAGCCUCCCGUGGUGAUAGCUCCUGUCAACUGCCCUCAGCUCCCCAAAGACAGCAGUGUACCAGCCUCUCAACAGGACACAGAACAAAUGACCGGUCCCAGCCUGCGCGUGGAGGAGCUGCACGGCUCCGCCUCGGCCGGAGAGGAGUUGGCUGAUACCAGCGCCAAGGCAGCCCAGUCAGAAAUCUCUGUCCCCCACAGUGAGGAACCAACUGCUCAGAAUAAGGAUGACCUUGAAAGCAAAUGCCCAAAUGCAGGACAAAACCAGUUGGAAUAAGUGAUGUGAUAAGAACGCCUUCUUUUCCCUCAUGAACAUAUCUAUAUAAAACCAGUAUGUAUUUAGGACUGGUUUAGCAGAGUUUGCUUUCAUUGAGGAACCUCACUAGGAGUCUGAUCAUCAAAUCCAACAAGGAAUGUUCUGUCUCCAGCUUCGGUACAGCUCUAUACUAAAACAUCUUUCUGAAAUAUGGUGCUCUCCAGGAGUUCUGAUGUGUGGGUUUCAAUGAUCACUUGUUACUGAAUGCAUUUGACCGUUUGUUCCAUUUGCAUUAUAGCAGGGUAGCAUCAAGAGUCUUUAUUUACUCAGUACUCUGUGCUUGUGUGGCUGUUUCGCUGCUUUACCAUGGUGUAGGUUAACAUGGAGGAAAAGCAUUGAAUGAGUCUGCUACAAUGCUUACUUGAGAGAAGUAUCUUCUAUUUUUUUUGGCACUUUCUCUAUUGUCACCAUUUACUUUACUUCUCCUGACUUGUCAAAGCCAUUGAUAUAAGGGAAUGCAUUAUUAUAAACUGACAUUCAGGAAAUGCAGAGAAUGGUUAAAUUACCAUUACUCCAAAAGGCUUUAUGCUACCAUGGUGCAUUAAAUGCAUCUCUUAACUUUUUUGUCUCUGUUUUUACUUCUAGGUACCUGCGCUACUAGUUUAGUUUAAAAGGCAGGGUGAGUAGAGCUCCAGGAAGCUUUCUAGGCAUUCAUGUGAACUCCAAGGGCUCUGAUAAUAAACAGGGUUGGUCACAGAAUGCUGCCUGGAAGCAAAUGCAUAUUAGGAAUGUUUAGAAAACAAAAUAUAAGCCAAAUAGAUUUUUAAAAAAUUAGGUAGUAGCACUAUACUAAGCUUAACAGGCAGUAAUUUCAUUGGGAAAACGUUAAAGCGUAAAUGUGCUUAUGUUUGGGGCUCUGAGUUUCUUCUGUUGUUCAUUCAAGGAAUAUAAUUGUGAUUUCUACAUCUGAAGAAAAUAGUCUGUUUUUUCAUUCCCAGUGGAGCACAUAUGGUGCUAGAGACAGUUGUGACUUAAAAGCUACUUGCUGCUCAGUAACUUGCCAGCUGCCUAAGUCAUGUUUUGUCUUUGUCCCAAGAGUAGCCAAAGCAUAGUCUGUCAGGUUCUGGAAUGAGACUGGCAGCUCACCUGUUAUUUUGCGUCUCUUGCUGCAUUGUGAAGAAAUUUGUGGACUUAAAAAUUUUGGGGUGCAUCCGGUCUUACUUCGUAUUCUUGAAGUUGUGUGUUUUCCUGUAUAACAUGAUUGAGUUUUUUUAUGCAUCAGCUUUUGUACAUAGAAGGACGAUGGGAUUUGUGUAUUACUUGUUCCAUCUAAGUAUAUUUGGCUUUAUCAGAGGAGUCUGUUCUGCACUUAAGUUACAAUUCUAGAAAGCCUCAAAUACUUCACAUGAAAACUGAAAUAGAAAAUUGAAGUAUUAUAGGAUCCUUGGAUAUGAUUUCAGAUGGAAGAAAUACUCUUGAGUAUUUGAGAGCCCAAAAUGUCAUUUACAAAAGUAUUGUCCCAGUGAUGCAAUCAGAGGCAUUGCUGUUAAAUUGAGUCUCCAGUUGGCAUGCUGAAUUGGAGUUGAAGGGCUCUCUUUUCAAGUCUGUCUGUUAAAUAUCAACCAUUGGUUUUUUUGCCUAGGUCUUCCACAAGUUUGCUCUGCGCUUUUUUGGAUGAAAGCUUCUGUGGGCAGUGGCAGCAUUCUUUCUCUAGAAUGUGAGCAACUUUCUCUGAAACCACACUGGCUUCAGAGUUUUACCAGCUCCUGCUUAAAGCCUUGAACCUUAUCUAAUAGGAUGAUUUAUUAAGAAGGUUUUUUGAAGGCUCCCUGAGUCCAAUGGCCAGCACUACAUUUAAUUUACAAAUUGCCCUAAUGGAAGAUAGCACUAAAGCCAUCUUGUUUUCAAUCUCCUCUUUAAUGGACCAUUACAUUGGCCAGCAGUAACCUGAACCAGUUAUUACUAAUAAAAAGCAACAGAAACAUUUUACUGAAAACUUCAGUCAGCUGGAUUAUGCCUUAAUGAAGUCACUGUGUUGAGUAUGGUUCUUAAGAAAGCAAUCUUGUGUUUAAAUAAUGAACUUGACAAAUAGCAAGGUAAGUUGGAGACUGACUGAAAGUUCUAUUGGUUUUUGCCUUGAUCAUCUCUCAGUCAGAAUGUUGUUUGGAGUAGCUUUCUGAUGACAAGGCAUUAGGUAUUAUAAUCUACUUGAACAUGUACUUCCAUUUGUUCUCCUGUGUGGUUAGGAAAGAGUUUAUUGCUCAGAUUGUUCAUAGCUCAAUUAAAACAGAAGAAUGGUCACACUGAAGUAGGCAUUUCACAGCUGCAGUCUGCAGAGGUCUGCUUCACCUCAGGUUUUGGGGAAUUUCCAUCUGUUUUUAAGUGUAACUUUUUUCUCCCCCAAACAACAAAGAUUGCAGGGGAAAAAAACCCAGCAGCUUCUCAGUGCAGUACCUCCAGUUAAAGCAUGUGAAGUGGCAACAAUUUACAGAUUUUUACUGUCUCAGUACUGUACAAAUCAGGUGACCCUGGUGCUCCAGUUUGGCUGUGACUGUUUGGACUGAUCAGUUCAAUCUCUUCCAUCAAAAACCAAGGCUGUAAUUUUUUAUCUUUGAAAAACCUCCCUGAUCAGCUUAAUUUAAAACUUGAUGUUGUAUAGGAAAAUAUGCAUAUCAGUUCAAUGUGACUGACUCUGAUUUUAUUUGAUGAUUUCAGAUACACAUUCCACACCAAAUUUGAGUUUUCGUAUUUAAAGUAAUGAAGAUAAUAUUAAUGUUUAAAAUAAUGUUGAUAGGCUUCUUGUUUAUGUCUUUCACAUACUAAGCCUUAUCUGUCUAGAAAGUCAGUCAGGGUCUGUGCCUGAAAACUUGUACAUGUUCCAGGGGAAGCAUUUCUUUUAGUCAAAAAGCCCCAGACAAAUACAAAAACCCCAACAACAACCUGACUCUUUGGAUCACAGUGAUGAGGAUCAGAUUCCUUCCUCAAGUGUUUGUUUUGGUCUCUUCCCUCCAGA